CUUCUACAUACCUAUCUUACAACCAUGAUUCACAUUCCUCACGUCGCUUUUACCGCUGUUGCUGUUGGUACUCUGUUCUGUCAAUUCGUUCAAGGCAUCGCAUAUAAUGUACUCUUUAAUCAGAUGUGGGUCGCUGCAAUGAAAAGAGAAAGGAAUGGUGACAGCUGGAUGAAAAAGGACAAAGAAGAAUCGGCGGAAUUCUGGUCAUUUUUUCUUUAUGAGAUGAUUCUCAACUUGAUUAGGACAUGGAUCACCGGACUUCUUCUCAACUUGACGCAAGCCCAGACAAUAUCUCAAGCUGCUCAAUUGGGCGCAUUCUUGUUUGUAGGAGUUACAGUUCCUUUGGUGACCUCGGAGACCAUGUGGGAGAAACGUGAGUCGGAUAUACAGUUGAUUCGGUACUUGACAGCUUUCUUCUCGACUGUCUUCCUUUCAUGUGUCCUUCAUCUAAUUGGUACUGCUUAA